AUGUAUCUUUUCAAGCGUCAGCAAGUGCGGGCGAUGCCACGCCCAUCGCGCACCGCCUUUGGAAUGUCAAAACGCGCGCGGGUCCAACUAACGCCCUCGCACCAGCACGACCAGCUGCCGUUUUUGUCGCGCUCCCGUUUCAGUGCUCUUCCCCACUUUCGUGCCUACGACGAUGCUCCGGAGAAUCUGUCGCUGUUUAUUGCCAUUCUAUAUGUGGUGGAUUUGUUUGGCAUUUUCCCGUUCGUCACGCUGCCGGGCAUGCUUGUCCAGUUGGGUUACUUUGGUGUGCCUCUGGUGCUGUCCAUCAUCUUCCUGCAGAUCUACACGUCGUUUCUGUUGGCGCAGUGCUGGACAAUGGCCGAGCUGCUAGAUCCCGCCAUUGUACAGAAACGCAACUAUCCAUAUGCCGCUCUGGCGGAGUUGGCCUACGGUCGCGUUGUGAGCGUGUUGGUCUCGGUUCUGCUGGAUCUGAGCAUAUUUGCAAUGGCUGUGCCCAGCGUGGUGAUGGCGGCCGAGAAUCUGGAGACUGUGGUGCAGCGCAUGAGUGGUGGCCAGUAUACAUUUUCCUACUGCUAUUGGGCAAUUAUAGUGGGCGCGGUCAUAUGCCCACUAAUGUGGCUGGGCAGUCCGAAGCACAUGCGCGGACUCACCAUCAUUGCCGCUUGCGUAAUGAUCAUCAUUGUGGUCCUCCUGUGGUUCUGUCUCUUUAGUGCGCCCCCCAUUGGCAAGCCCUUUGAAGGCAUUGGCAUAGAGCUGCCUCGUUUUCUGACCGUUCUCAACAGCUACAGCGUUUUGGCUUUCCAAUUCGAUAUACAUCCUAUGCUGCUGACGCUUCAAAUUGAUAUGAAAAAGAAGUCGCAGGUAGCCUGGGCUGCUCUGGGCGGUAUUGCUAUCACGUGCAGCGUCGCCAUUUUUGGGUCCAUAGUGGCUGCCUAUAAGUUUGGAUCAAUGAUCGCGGACAAUCUGCUCCAAUCACUGCCUUCUAGCGUGCCCUUCUAUAUCAUGGUCAUUCUCAUGGCGCUGCAGUUGUGUUUUUCGGUUACGGUGGCCAGUUCUGCAAUGUUCCUGCAAAUCGAAAACUAUUUCAGACUGCCAGAGUCUCUGACGUGCAAACGAGUGCUCAUACGCUCCACUCUACUGGCGCUAGAGGUGCUGGUGGCCGAAUUUGUGCCCAGCUUCGAUGCUCUAAUGGAUGUGGUGGGCGGCACCAUUACUGGACCUUUGGUAUUCAUAUUGCCGCCGCUGCUCUAUCGUCGGAUUAGGCGCAUGGAACGCGUGCAUCAACGGAUUGCGGCGGAGGCCAGCUAUGGCAGCUUGCCAUUAGAUCUCAACUACGACCCCAUUGAGUUGGAAAUGGAACCGCUGUUGGCCGCCACACCAGCCCAUACACCUCGGGGCUGUUGGUUACGCCUGAUGCGCUUCCUAUAUCGCUUCGAGUGUGAUGUGUCCUGCACAAUGGCUGUGCUGGUCUUUGGUGUGCUGGCCACCUUCCUCGCCACCUACCUGAAUUUGUUUACCAUUGCGGAUAUGUUUAAGAACAAUUCGCCAUGCUUGGGCAACUUCACAAAGCAUUAA